AAAAACAUUUUUGUGUGGAGGUAUAUAACAGUGUCAAAUUACUUGCGGAUUUUGAUCAUAUAGAAGUUUCGUAAUGUUUAAGCUUUAACAAAUCUUCCAUUAAAGAUCAACAAAUUAACAAUGAAAGUUAAAUCAGGGUCCAUAUCAAAAAGACUGGUUUGACAACAACAUUAUUUGGAUUAAACAAUUAUUGAACAAUGAUGGCCAACUAUACGAUUAUCAAGAAUUCAUGAGAACACAGAAUGUUACAUUCACUCCUGAGGAAUGGGAUCGUCAUCAAAUGAUCCGCAUAGUUCCUGUUGAAUUUCUAAAGGUGAUUGGCUACGCUCUGUGAGGGUGGAUUUCACUGACGCAUUCCUUUUGGAACAAUAAAUAGAGCGAACAAGGCUCCUUCUAGUUCACAAGUCUGAGAAGACGCAUGAAGAAGUUCUUGCUUCAACAGUGAUUGAACGGAACUCCUCUGCCUUCGUCCCGCAUUAUAGAACAUUAAGGAUUAAUGACAUAGCACUUACUUGAACUAUAAUAGCAAUAUAGUUUAAACUCUAUUUUUUUACUUUUUAUUUUGAUAUAAAAGAAAAUCUGCCAAGAUGGAGUCUCAGAUCCGCCAGAACUAUCACCACGAUUGCGAAGCUGCCAUCAACCGGAUGAUCAACUUGGAGAUGUUUGCCUCCUACACCUACACUUCAAUGGCUUUCUAUUUCUCCCGUGACGAUGUGGCUCUGCGAGGCUUCGCGCAUUUCUUCAAGGAGAACAGCGACGAGGAGCGGGAGCACGCGGACAAGCUUCUCUCCUUCCAGAACAAGCGAGGUGGACGCAUUUUACUCCAGGACAUCAAGAAGCCAGAACGUGAUGAGUGGGGCAAUGGGCUGGAGGCCAUGCAGUGUGCUCUGCAGCUGGAGAAGAAUGUGAACCAGGCCCUGCUGGACCUGCACAAGAUUGCCUCUGACAAGGUUGACCCCCAUCUGUGUGACUUUCUGGAGACCCAUUACCUGAAUGAGCAGGUGGAGGCCAUUAAGAAGCUGGGAGACCACAUCACCAACCUCACCAAGAUGGAUGCUGUCAAAAACAAGAUGGCAGAGUACCUGUUUGACAAGCACACCCUGGGAGGCCAGAGCUAAACCACUUCCAUCCCCAGGCUACGGCCUCAUGCCUCAGACCAGGACUCCUGGCUUCUCUGAUAGAUCCUCCUGGCUUUGCUUUUAUAAGGAUGGGAGAGUGUUAAACUGGUGAAUUGCAACACUGCUGUGACAUUGUUUCUGUUGACAACACUACUGUAUUUUGGAGGCAAGGCUUGUAAAACAAUAAAAAAUAUCACGUAA